CGGAUCUGAAGAACUUGCAGAAAUAGGUGGUGUUCUAAGCACGGAAGCAAGGACGCCGCAUCUGUUGCGGAUCCUGCUUGCGACUUGUAAUUAGAUUGGCGGCAAUAAAUAGAUGAAAAACCACCGCUGUUGCCCGGCCUCGCAGAAGUCCUGCGCAAUAGCACCCUUAAACACACAACCUGUAACCCGACUACAGUACUCACUGGCCGGCCGGCACUCUCUUACUCAGGACCUAGGAUCCCGAAGCCUCACCAGGACAGUGGACAAACACGCCGACAACGACAAUGAAGCUAGCCCUGUUUGCGGCCCUUUCUGCCGGCCUGGCCGCCCCGGCGCCGGUCGAAGCUGACGACCCCGUCUCGACGCCGACACCGACCACACUCCAACCAGGGGCAUACUGGAUCCGGGCGGUGGAGGCGCCCAACUUCCACAAGUACCUCCAGACGAAACCGGCCAACGUGCCGGGGACGGCCAUCCUCGACUCGUACACGACGGCGGGCCAGUUCAACAUCGAGGACGGCCAGCUGGUCAACAAGGUGUCCAACCCGCCGCUGUACCUGUGGGUCGAGGAGCCGGCCGACAAGGCGAACCCGCCGCGCACGCUGGCCACCUUCUUCAACACGACCAAGAACCCGUUCGGCACCUUCGCGUGGCAGGGCGACGCCCUGACGUGGUCGGUGCCGAGCAUCAAGCGGCAGAACCUGGCCGCCUGGCUGGUCUGCGAGAAGCAGGCGCUGUUCGUCAACACGGGCGCCUACGGCUACCAGACGCCCUCGGGAUGUGCGGACCAGACGAUCCAUUACUACAAUGACAAGACGGCGAAUAACUGAGACUGGGGCUGCGAGGUUCAAUUUAAUCAGCAUGGCUGAAGUGCCUCACACGUGUAUGUACAUGCGGGCGUGAUAGUUGUGCAGCUGAGAAACGGUUGUUGCAUUCGCUCUACCAGACGUCAGGUCCGGUUUGGGUCCCGAGUCACAUGCGGGCUGCUCAUU